CGGGGAUGCUGAUGUGGGGGCUCUCGCAGCGGCAUGGGUGGGGGUGCGAGAAGAACGAGAAGAGCGGGUUUCAGUGGCUGAGGAAGGCGGCGGAGAUUGCGCUGGAUGAUCUGCAGGUGAUUCAGGACGGCGAGCAGAGGAAUGCUAUCAAGUCGGAAAUGGUGGUUGCUAUCUAUGAGGUCGGACAGUGUUUCUUCCAGGGAUGGGGCGUGCAUAAAGACCAAAAGAUGGCCGUGGAUUAUUUCCGCACUGCUGCAAAGCUUGGUGACGCGGACGCUCAGCAGGAUCUGGCAUUCUGUCUCGCUAAUGGAAAGGGGUGUAAGAAGGACAAGAAAGAGGCCGCAAAGUGGUACCGGGCGGCUGUUGCGCAAGGAGCCAGCGACGUAGGUUUGGCUUGGAUAUACAAGGAGAAGUAUAAGUGAGGUGAAGACCUUCCGCCUCGAACCGACGAACAUCCGCGGGCCUGCGACCUCCUUGAACCAGAGUUUAUAUAACAAGCUGAAGGCAGGGCUCUCCGCGUGCCCAACAAUCUAUACCCCGAGGUACUGUUCUAAAGAUGGGAUUGAAUCCCAUCGGAUGGACGGGAGAUAUCUUGAAUUCCGGCCACUAUUUUGACAGGCAGACAAGGCCGAAAGUGCUGUAUAAUCUGUAUUUUCUACUACAUGUACUCUGUAAUCG